UCUAUGGUUGUCACGUCAGACUUCCUGAUUUACGCUUUUAAAUUGUUUUAUUUUUAUUUUUUGAAAUAACAGGCAUGGAAGGUUUCCAGACACCGCGUAUAGCGUACUGUCUAUAUAACGUGAUAACAAAUGGUUGUUUAUUUUGAACGACCUGGAUGAAAACAGAUAGGACGUACAGCUGCCGUAACUUCGUGACUUACUCUACGCUAACGUUGUUAUGUUGAUAUCUCGCUAUCAAAUUCAGUCAGUAAAAGUUAUCUAGUUAGCUUCUUAUAGUUAAUUUACUGUUUCAGAAAAUCUAUAUGUUUCAUUUAAGACAGUGACGUAAUACGUGCUUGCUAUCAUUGUCAACUACCAAGCUAAUGAGCGAAACCUAAAGCUAGCUUGCUACAGAUACACAUUUGAAACACAUAGCCUACUGCCGUCUAACUUACAGUAACUCACAAUGCACAGGAGAGGAGUGGGAGCUGGCGCCAUCGCCAAAAAGAAGCUUGCUGAGGCGAAAUAUAAAGAGAGGGGCACUGUACUUGCUGAGGAUCAAAUUGUGCAGAUGUCCAAACAGCUGGAGACAUUCAAAACCCAUCUGGAGGAGUUUGCUAGCAAGCACAAGCAGGAGAUCCGCAAAAAUGCGCUGUUUCGGGUGCAGUUCCAAGAAAUGUGUGCCACCAUUGGAGUCGACCCACUUGCCUCUGGAAAGGGCUUCUGGUCAGAAAUGCUAGGUGUUGGAGAUUUCUACUAUGAGCUGGGUGUGCAGAUCAUUGAAGUGUGCCUGGCCUUGAAACACAGAAAUGGGGGCCUUAUUACCUUGGAUGAACUUCACCACAGAGUGCUAAAGGGCAGAGGGAAGUUUGCUCAGGAUGUCAGCCAAGAUGAUUUGGUACGAGCCAUUAAGAAGCUGAAGGCCAUGGGGAAUGGCUUUGGGAUGAUUCCUGUGGGAGGUUCCUAUCUGGUACAGUCAGUCCCAGCAGAGCUGAACAUGGACCACACAGUUGUUCUGCAACUGGCCGAGAAGAAAGGCUAUGUGACAGUGAGCGAGAUUAAGGAGAGCCUGAAGUGGGAGCGUGAGCGUGCUUGCCAUGUGCUGGACCACUUACUAAAAGAAGGCUUGGCCUGGCUGGACUCACAGGCUGCUGGAGAACCUCAAUACUGGCUGCCUGCCCUCUUUUCAGAGUUGUCUUCUCGUGAUGUUACACCAGAAGAGGCCAAUCAGAUGGUGCCAUGAGAAAGAGGAAGGGGUUGUCUUGGACCCUGCAAGUGACCUCUAGUACUUAACCAGAGAUUAAUUCCUCUGUCACUUUCAUCUUGAGGUUGUGAGGUGUACCUGUUCAUCAGUGGCCCCCCAACUAUAAAUUUAUAUGCAUUGUGUGUCCCAAGAUCUGAUCGUUCUCAAUGUAAAAUUGCAAUGGAAUAAAAAUACAUACAAACACCAAA